CCACUGCGGCUUUCAGCUCCUCCCAUUCCAACGGUGGCCGGAAAACCCAUUUGAGCGGCGCUGUCAGCCAAUUUUUCUCAUUUCUCUCACAAUCAACUGGGAAUUGUUCCCUCAGUCCCCUCUUUUUGGUUCGGAAAUUAUUGGAGCAGUUAAAGUGCGAUUCUGUUCAUUGUAAGAGAGAGGCAACAGCAGAACUCCACCUUCUUGCUAAGGAAAAUAUGGAUAACCGAAUUGUGAUCUCGAAUUGUGGAGCCAUUAGCUUAAUAGUCGAUUUACUGCAAUCAACGGAUACUACAAUCCAGGAACAUUCUGUUACAACACUUCUUAACUUAUCAAUCAAUGAUAACAACAAAGCUGCUAUUGCUAAUGCUGGUGCAAUUGAACCUUUGAUUCACGUCCUUCAGAUAGGGAGUCCAGAAGCCAAGGAGAAUUCAGCUGCCACUCUUUUCAGCCUAUCAGUUACUGAGGAAAACAAGAUCAGGAUAGGCAGGGCUGGGGCAAUUAGACCACUGGUUGAUUUAUUAGGGAAUGGGACCCCUAGAGGGAAGAAAGAUGCUGCCACUGCUUUGUUUAAUUUGUCAUUAUUUCAUGAAAACAAGGAUCGGAUUGUGCAAGCUGGUGCUGUGAAAAACCUUGUAGAUUUAAUGGACCUGGCAGCCGGAAUGGUUGAUAAGGUAGUGGCUGUUUUAGCAAAUCUUGCUACGAUACCAGAAGGGAAAACAGCAAUUGGUCAGCAAGGUGGCAUUCCUGUUUUGGUUGAAGUUAUCGAGUCGGGUUCUGCGAGAGGAAAAGAGAAUGCAGCAGCAGCUCUUCUACAUCUAUGCUCAGACAAUCAUAGAUACUUAACCAUGGUGCUCCAAGAAGGAGCUGUGCCCCCUUUAGUAGCAUUGUCACAAUCAGGCACCCCAAGGGCCAAAGAAAAGGCCUUGGCUCUCCUUAAUCAAUUUAGAAGCCAAAGACAUGGUAGUGCUGGAAGAGCUUGAUCUCGAUUUUCCAACCUUGUGAGGCAUCCAAUGGUUUUGAAUCUACUUACAAAAAUAUGUAAGAUUUAUACAUUGCAUUGUGCACAUAAUAUGGGUAAAGUUGUUUUUUUAUUGUUUACACGUGCUUGUAAAGGGGGAGAAUAUGUAUGGAGGAAGAGGAUUGAUCGUGUCUUCACGUGACACACCUGUCUGUGAUGUGAAGAAAAAUUAUGCAUGCAAGUGUAACUUUUGUUUCUGAGCCCAGGCAAAAUGUUAGUGGGCAAAUAGUUGUAUUUGGUGAUGUAUUAACUGUCCCUUUCAAUAAGACAGGGAUCUGGAUAUUGUCUUCAUCCUUAGAUGAUAGUAUAUAACAAGCAUUUGAAGAAGAAAUUAUUCAAGUGUUAACAGUUAAAAGUGGCAUAAGAGUUGCAUUUCUCAUUAAGCUAAUGAAGUUUGUAUUUC